AUGGCUGCAAAACAGACAUUUGGCUCGCCGCUUACUUCGGGACCCGAGCCUGACCUCAGGAAAUGGGCCGAGCACAGUUUGGUUCUCCAGCAGCGGGGAAACCACAUCCUCAACGCGCUUCACAGCGCCAAGCAGAUCAUUACCGACUUUGCAGCAAGCGGCGACACCAGCGAGGCAUCCAAGGCGGCGACGGCAGGCACGCCCAAAAUGCUUCUGUUCAGCGACCCGGCGAUCAGCUCCAUGGGCAAGCUGGCCAUCAAAAAAUGGGGCGACCAAGUGAUGACGGAUAUGGCCAAGGCCCCGGCAUCGAGCCAGCUCCAGGCCUUGCAUCGCGAGGUGAUCCAGGAGCUAUCGCCUUUCUACGAACUCGUCGCCAGCACCGCUGAGUUUGGCGAGACGGCCCUCACACUGAUCAACCAGACCCUGAAUCUCGUGGCGAUCGAAGGAAGUGCAGAAAUAUCGAACCAGCUACUGGAGCUCGUGCUGGUCUAUUCAUCCGUCAUAUAUAUGGUGUGCGGCUUUGGCCCUGAGCGCAAGUCUAUUGCAGCGUGCUACGCUCGAGCGUACUCGUGUGCGAACGGAGGCACAGAGCCAAACUGGCCGAGAGUAUACAAGUUUCUGGCCAGUUGCGAAAAGGGCCCGCUGUAUCAGAUCCAGGAGUCGCUGUCGCUGGUCUCGUCCAACCUGGCAGCCAUGAUCAGUCAGAUGAAGGGCGAGGUAGAGUCGCGCAUUUGCCGAACAGCCGAGGAGUUUCGAAAGUUUGGCGACCUCAGCAUGACGCCGGAGAGCGAUGGAAUCAAAGCCGCUCCGCCGUCCGAGCAGCACAUCCACGGCCUGACGUUCAUGGGCCGCAAAUAUGCCAUCAUAGUUGUGGGAUGUCUGGCUUGCAUGCCCGAGAUCAUCCCGCGGCAGCCGGCCUGUGCCGAGUUGCUCAAAUCAGCGCUGAGUUUCGGCGCCUUUGUUCGACUGGUCCGCAACGAGACACUCAACAUCGCGGCCGAGUUUGAGCAGUCCGCCAAGCUCAACUCCAAAGUCGGCAAGCUCAAAGUCAAUGUCACCGAGGUCCUCGCGGCCGGGGGUUCUUCGGCAUCUGCAGGAUACCACGCCUUCCAUCGUGAGAGGCGGGAAUAUCUCCGAAAUCAAAUACAGCAGAUGAUCUAUCUGAGCGAUGACAAGCAGCUGUUCUGCUCCAAGUUUGAGCUCAUUUCAGGCGCCAUUGGGUUUGCACGAGAUGAGAUUUUGUGGUACUUUGACCACUUUGACCGCGAAAUAAACGAAAAAAAGAGAUCAAAGAAGGAGGGCCGGACGCUCGACCUCAAUGUCGUCACGUUGAUUUCUCUGGUCAAGGAGCUAUCCAUCAAAGUAGCCAGCUAUCGGACAGUGCAGUACCACAUGCCUCGAUCUCUCGCGCUCAUCGAAGCGGCGCUCGGCAGCCACGAAAUGCCCGAGACGGAGCUUUCGGUGAAGCUGCUAAGCGCCAUACGGAAUGCGAUCCAACAGUUUGGGCCCGACAGCUUGGUGGAAAUGGCCAAAACCGGUCGUUUGAAGUCCCUCCGGAUAGAUUGGCUCCGGUUCCAGUUGGCGUUGAUGCUCCCACAGUCUCUGGCCAUUGUGCCAAACUGGACGGACCUGAGCAACGUCCUGUCAAACCUAUGCGAGAAAACCAACUGGCUGGACGAAUUUGACGCACAAAUCGAAAAGCUCGCCAAUCUGCGCGAGCUCUACUACUAUCGAGCUGCCCUCGGCGAGCACAUGCGCGACAUUCUCGAGAACUCCGUCGAGCACAUUCGGUUCCUGGGGCACGUUGGCGGACUCACCUCCGAUUUCAUGAGCAACAUUUCUCAGUUCUGGACUGCCGAGAACAAGCAAAUCGUGAGCGAGCUUGAGGGAUACGCAAACGAUAUAUGCUCUCAAAUCGGGCAGAAUGGCGCAGCCGCGGUCCAUGAUAUCGGACAGCACUUUGCCGUGCUGUCUGGACAGGCAAGCCCAAAUGGAUCUCUUCGUUCGUCCAUCUCCAAGUCGAAGAAGAGCCCGACCAAGAAGGGUGCUCUCGAAGAAAAGUAUCUAAAGCCCGGUAUGGAGAGCCACAUGAAGCUGGACAUGGAUCCACUUAUCCAACGAAUCCACACAGCCAAGCAAGCUGUUCAAAACGCAACCCUCGCUCUAUCAAAGCUUCCAAAAGUGCAGAUUCUGAGUGUCGAGUACCUUCCCGUGGAAUAUUUGAUAGAGUACUUUGCCAACUACUUCAAAACGUAUGUGAACACGGACCUCGUCAGGCCACAAGAGUCGGCAGCAUCCAGUGUCCCGGCAAGCAACAUUGAGGAUCUGAUCGCAAAGGAGGUGAAGCGACCCAGUGUGGCACUGGCAGAGCUCAAGGGAUAUGUGUCAGGAAUCGCGACGCUGAAUGGGCUCGUUUCAGCGAACCUGACAUCGAUCCUCAAGGACGUGCUGGUGGCCCAAACAGACAAGCAGCUGUAUACGGAGUUGCUUACAUUUCAAGUUCUGAACAACACGGCCAUCUAUUCAAACUCGAGACGGGCAUUCAUUAGCCGAACAACGGCCCCGUGGCAGCUGGAGGAAUUCACCGACACCAACGAACUCGAGGCGUUGUGUAGACUCAUCGGUGCACAAGGCAUCCAGUUCAUGAUGGAGCGUCUAAACGGUGCCCUGAAUCAUCUGUCGUCGUACGUCAAGGAUGCGAUUGCCCAAAACUCGGAUAUGCUCGAGAAGCUUCGCGAUUGCUGGAACGACGACCCAAAGAUAUUCGAAGCGCUGAAGAAAACAAAGGGCGCCAAAGAACAUCUCUCCAAAUCGAUUCUUCUUGGCAUGUUGAUGGAGUUUCGAGCCUUGUUGGCGCAAGCAUGUUUGUCUGUGUUUGACGAAAGUCAUCCGGACAUCGCGCAGCUCGUCACGGCCAUCCACAGCUCGUAUCCGCCCAACUACAACCGAGACUCGCUCUACACGAACAUGGACGCUGCGGCCAACCAGAUCGGCUUGCUGGACUCCAUCGACCAGGGCAUGAUUCAGUGCCUGAAGCCGCUUUGUGACAAGGCAACAACCGACGGCCCCAUCUGGAACCUGCUUCCGUCCUUCUUCAUGUAUUUGUUCUGGAACCUGACACUUGACGAAAACUCGAGCUACAAUUCGGUGCUUGACGCCCUGGAAAAUAACGGCCACUGCCUGAAAACGGUCUUUCUCAACCUAUCGACCUGCACCCAAAUGCUUCUGAUGAAGGGUCCAUCCGAGAGAAUCCGCAGUCUCCACCGCGAGUUUCUGGAGAUGACCUCGACGCUGUUGAUGCGCAUCAAGCCCAAGCCGAACGACAAGGAAUACAAAAACAUCGAUCCUGUCCUGAUGCUCCUCAAACAGACGGCGCGGGAUUCCAAGUUCGUGUCCAGAGCGCAGCUUGAAAGCAUCAUUCCCCAUCCGCUGCUGCAGCUGGUCACGAAUGAGCUGUAUCGCCGCAAGAACGGCAAUGGCGGUACUAUCGGCAGGGUUGGCGGACUUGGAAGCGGCAAUGCCCUCGAUGACGAUUAG